AUGGACAAGGCUCGGAAUGAUUAUGAGGCAUGGGCAGAGGUUAAUAUUUUGAACUCCUCUCAAGUGCCAGAUGACAUUGCUGAUGGGGCUUUGAUCGGGAAAUGGGAGAAGCCAUGUCAGAGCUUUGUGAAAUGUAACAUUGAUUCAUCGUGGAUCAAUGCGACCGUAAACACCGGAGUUUCUUGGAUUCUUCGUAAUAACUUUGGUGAGCCUCUGAUACACAGUCGCAGAUCCUUCUCUUCAGUCCCUACUAAGCUUGAGGCAGAGCUCUUAAGCUUCAACUGGGCUAUCGACCGUCUCUCUGACUUACGCCUUGAUAAAGUUGUGUUUGAAUCAUCCUCUUACCUUGCGGGUGAAGCAAUCCUUAGACCUGAAGAGUUCCUUGUUUUUCAAGACUUGCUGGUUCAUAUCCGGGUCAAGCUGACUGGCUUUAGUCUGUGGAACAUCUCCUAUGCCCAUCUUGAAGGCAAUGGAUGCGCCCAUGAAAUUGCUCUCAGUGUCACUCGAGACCACCAGUACCAAUCAUACAUAGCUCGUGGUGGACCAUUCUGGCUGACAACUUUGACCCUAGAGGAUGCGAAGGACGAUACAUGA